GGUGUUACAAAACCUAUGCAUCGUGUAAAAUAAAGAAACCGAUAUGAUAAAAUAGUGAUCUUUUUUACUUUCCAGGUGAUUACACUGUGGGCAACGAAGACCUCGGAGUCUCCAGCUGACAAAUCAUCUUAGCCGAGCGCGAUACCGAAUUCCCUACAUCAACACGAGUCACCCCCUCCAAAAAAAAAAAAUUCCCUUUUUCUCUCAUCCCCCUCUCUCUCUCCCCCCUAUCAAAGAAAACGCGUCCCCCAUGACGUCACGAGAGGAAGGCUUCUGUUCAUUGUUUUGGUUUUGGAAGAAUCUCUGCCAGGGGGAAGGACCAUCGCUCCGGACGCCCCCGCCUCCCCUCUUUCCACGCUGUUUCGGGCCUCGAAUUCCUCCAAGGUGGAUACUAUGCGGAGAGUCAACGACAGAAUCAACCUCCUGGACCUGCCGGAGAUCGUGGUGGAGAAAGUCAUGGGCUAUAUGAGCUACGAGGAGGUGGCGCAUCUCAGGAUCGUUUGUCGACGGUUCAACCAAAUCAGCCAGAUGUUGCUGAAUAAAGGAUUUCGCAAAGUGGAGCGCUACCAAGCCAAGUGCCUUAAAGAGGUAAAGAGCCAGCUGCCGAGGCGAGAAUCGGAACGAAAGAACCACCCUCUCUUCCGCCACUGCGACAUACUUACUGCCGUGGAGACAAGACUUUCGCUCCUCAACAUGACGUUUAAUAAAUACGUCGAAAGCCAGAUGUGCUGCUUUAUCCCUGGAAAGGUUAUUGACGAGAUCUACAGAGUAUUGAGGUUCAUCCAGUCCAAUAAGACGCUCCCAAAGUCACAAGAAAUCUUAACAGAACUCCGAGAUAUCUCCAGCAUGGCGAUGGAACACUUCGAGGAGAAGAUUGUGCGUUCCCUGAAGCCCACCUCCCUCACACCCCCUUCAGCGCGGUUCUCCCCUUCGCCGUUCUCUUCAGGAUUACCCUCGCUGCAUGUUUCUCCAAGAGCAAUACUCCUGUCAAAGUCAGAACCAGGGUCAUCAUCCUCAUCAGAACUCCAGUACGUUAUUGCAGCCAACAAGUACAACAAGAAUUCCUUGAAUGGCCUCAGUAAGGAAGUCAGUGAACUGAAAUCUAAGCUCCACGAAAUGCGCAGGAAAGUUAGCGAGCAAGAGCGGGUAGCACUUGAGCAGAAUCGCCUUGUCUCUGAACAGUCCACAAAGAUAUCACUUCAAGAAGGAAAAAUAACAGAGUUAAACAGGAAGCUUCUGGAAUAUGAUCAGCGCUUUUCUGAAUUGCAAGCAGAGAUAUCUCGCAUUAGGGAAGGCUGCAGUGAAACGUCAGCGAGCAGCAGCAGCAAAAGUUCACAGUUCUUUGCAGCACCAAGUCAGACCACUCCUGCUGUGGGCUCAGCAUUGUUUGUGGCUGCUAACAUGGUGCCUGUUAACAUAACAGCGGCACAGCUGUCUUCACAAGCAUACUUGAAUCCGCCACAGCUGGCCGGCUACUCCUCAGGAGGGUUGGCCUUCACAAUGGGCCCCUCUCCGCACACAGGCUCAGCCAGUCUGCAGACCACAACAUCUACCAUUCCCUCAACCAGCAAAGUGUCUUGCCUCAGUGCAGGGGCCUCGGGUUCAAAGAGCCUUGAAGGGGACUCCCUCUCUCCCACAUCUCAGGCUCUGGAGAACCCUGCUCUGCCAUCACAGAGCAACAUGGAAGCAGGAGGGGUCAGCAGUAAUUCUCACAGAAGGAAGCACAGAAAGAGGCACGCCUCCGAAAAUGAUGGGGAUCAAGACACAGUGCCCUUGACGGUCAAAUGGGCAAAGAAAUAACCACUUCCCAUGCAACAUUUAGGGAUAAAUUGCAACUGUGGCAUAUAUUGACAUAACCACUUCCCAUGCAACAUUUAGGGAUAAAUUGCAACCGUGGCAUAUAUUGACAUAUAUAUCUCUGUAAAGUUAUAGAUGCUUUUAAAUAAGUUAUGACUUAUAUUUAUAAGAAACUGGAAGACACUUACUUGAACUUUUUUUUUUUUUUCUUUCCAUAAUUAUUAUUCAAUUUUCAGAUUGUGACUCGACUCCUUGACGAUUCCCAUUGUAAAUAAAUGAAGUAGAUUAUUAAACAAUGUGUGAAAAUCAGUCGGUCACAAGCUCAUUACUUUGAUAAAGACAUAUUUAUCUCUACUUUAGUUUAAAAGAGCUUGAGAAUUCAUUUCAAUAUCUGUAUUCUUAAUCAUCAACAAGAUUAAGAAUGAAAAGCACAAUAUUUUUGAUAGCUGUAGUUAUUAGUAUGUCA